AUGAGCGUGAUAGCUAGGUUCUUGUACUACUUGAGGUCCGUGUUGGUCGUACUGGCGCUUGCAAGCGGCGGCCUUUACGGUGUGAUCGUCUCUAUCAUUUGCACGUUGAUUGGUAAACAACAUCUGGCACAGUGGAUUACUGCGCGUUGUUUCUACCAUGUCAUGAAACUGGUGCUUGGCCUUGAAGUCACGGUUAUUGGUGAGGAGAAUUUGGCUAAAAAGCCCUACAUUAUGGUUGCCAAUCAUCAGUCCACCCUGGAUAUCUUCAUGUUGGGAAGAAUUUUCCCACCUGGUUGUACAGUUACUGCCAAGAAGUCGCUGAAAUAUGUCCCAUUUUUGGGUUGGUUUAUGGCUUUGAGUGGUACUUACUUCCUAGACAGGACUAAAAGGCAAGAAGCCAUCGACACCUUAAAUAAAGGUUUGGAAAAUGUUAAGAAGAACAAACGUGCUCUAUGGGUUUUUCCUGAAGGUACCAGGUCUUACACAAGUGAAUUAACAAUGGCACCCUUCAAGAAAGGUGCUUUCCAUUUAGCACAACAGGGUAAAAUUCCAAUUGUUCCCGUAGUUGUUUCGAAUACCAGCACCUUGAUGAGUCCUAAGUAUGGGGUCUUAAACAGAGGCCGCAUGAUUGUUAAAAUCUUAAAACCUAUUUCAACUGAGAAUUUAACUAAGGACAAAAUUGGUGAAUUUGCUGAACAAGUUAGAGACCAAAUGGUUACUACCUUAAAGGAGAUUGGUUACUCUCCUGCCAUUAACGAUACUACUCUACCACCACAAGCUAUUGAGUACGCUGCUCUUCAACAUGACAGAAAAGUGAACAAAAGCAAGAAUGAGCAUGCGACUUCUGUUGGCAUUAGCAACGACGUCAGUACCAACCACGAAGAAUCUUCCAUAAAAAAGAUGAAUUGA